AAUUGAUGUGUGUUGUAUUUUAGAGGUGGGAAUACCUAUUUCCAUAUGUUGAAAGGUCGAAUUUUUAAAUCAAUAUAAUAACAUUAAUUGAAAGACUUAAUUAUUUGGUUGCUGUUUUAUUUAUAGUAAAUGUUGAAGUAACGUAUAAAUCGAUGAUUUUUUAUUUUUUUAUUUAAUAAUUAGUUAUUUUGUAACUGAAUGUGCUCCAUCUAUAAGAACGUUAUUGAAAUAAUUAACCAUCACUAGUAUAUAUAUAUAUAUAUAUAUGUAUAUGUAUUUUUUUAACAAGUAUCUGGCUUGGUCAAAAGUUAAAGUUUUUGCUAGCCAUUUUUGCUGAAAAUAGUGAUGUGAAAAGAAUAAUAUAGUUUUUUUUAAAAGAAAUUACUAUGCCGUUAGCAAAUUCGGGAGAACCAUGGCAAAUUCAUCACGCCGAUACAGAGUCUCAGUCUGGAGACGCUGAAGAACAAAAUUCCACAGAAGAUUCCGGACCUAAUGAAGGAGAACAUGAAAUCGAGCUUGGGGAAUUGGUGCGAGAUGGUCACGAUAAAGCGGACCCCUCCCAGUUCGAACUGCUCAAAGUCCUCGGAGAAGGUUCCUUCGGGAAAGUAUUUUUGGCCAGAAAAGUGGUCGGAACGGAUGCUGGCACUUUAUACGCCAUGAAAGUACUGAAAAAGGCUACGUUGAGAGUUCGAGAUAGACACCGUACGAAAAUGGAAAGAAACAUUUUGGUGGACGUCGAACAUCCUUUCAUAGUAAAACUCCAUUACGCCUUUCAGACCGAAGGAAAACUCUAUUUGGUGUUGGAUUUUCUCAGAGGCGGAGAUUUAUUUUCUAGGUUAAGUAAAGAGGUUAUGUUCACAGAAGAAGACGUAAAAUUUUAUCUAGCCGAAUUGGCGCUAGCCCUAAACCACUUACAUUCACUAGGGAUCAUUUACAGGGAUCUGAAACCUGAAAAUGUUCUAUUAGAUUCAGACGGACACAUAGCUCUGACAGAUUUCGGUCUUUCUAAAUCCCCUUUGGAAGAAGGAAAAGCCUACAGUUUUUGCGGGACGGUGGAGUAUAUGGCGCCGGAGGUAAUAAAUCGAAAAGGUCAUACUUUCGCGGCGGAUUGGUGGUCGUUCGGGGUACUAAUGUACGAGAUGUUGACUGGUACUUUACCGUUUCAAGGUACCAAUCGUCGGGAAACCAUGAGUCAGAUACUGAAAGCUAAAUUGGGUAUGCCGGCUAAUCUUAGUCCGGAAGCCCAAAGUCUUUUGAGAGUUUUGUUUAAAAGGAAUCCGCUCAACAGGUUAUGUUCCGGUCCCGGCGGUAUAGAAGAUUUGAAAAACCACGAAUUUUUCGCUACUAUCGAUUUCGAUGCUUUGUUAACGAAAAAUAUAAGACCGCCGUUUCAACCGGCCGUUUGUGGUCCGGAAGAUGCUUAUUUCGAUUCGGAAUUUACCAGUAGAACGCCGAGGGAUUCGCCCGGAGUGCCCGCCAGUGCCAACGCUCACGAAUUAUUUAGAGGAUUUAGUUUCAUAGCUCCAUGUUUGUUGGAAAACGGUAAUAUGCCGAAAAAAAUGGAAACCCCAAUGUAUUCAGUAAGAAUGAACGAUCGUAAUUUUUUCGACGAUUACGUCCUUUUAGACCGUAUCGGUGUAGGUAGUUAUAGCGUUUGUAAAUUGGGUAGACAUAAAACGACAGGACAACAAUACGCCAUAAAGAUCAUUAACAAAUCGGUAUUCGACUGUAGAGAAGAGGUGGAAAUAUUAGCGCGAUACGGUAAACACCCCGGUAUUGUUUCUUUGAAAACUGUUUAUGAAGAUGCCAAUAAAGUGUAUUUGGUACUACAGUUGCUCAAAGGGGGCGAUUUAUUAGACUAUAUUGUAACAAGGAGGAUUCUUACUGAAUACGAAGCCGCUACAGUUUUAAAAUCUUUAGCUUCGGCAGUAGCAUAUUUACACGAAAAUGGUGUAGUUCAUCGAGAUUUAAAACCCGCUAAUAUUUUGUUUGCAACUGAAGAUAAAUGUUUGGAAAGUGUUACAAUCUGUGAUAUGGGUUUUGCCAAACAGUUAAGAGCAGAAAACGGACUUCUAGUGACUCCUUGUUACACAGCGAAUUACGUAGCUCCGGAAGUAUUAAAAAGACAAGGAUACGACGCCGCUUGCGACAUAUGGUCUUUAGGAGUAAUUUUGUAUAUAAUGUUAUCGGGUAGAUGUCCUUUCAGUACGACCAAUAAAGACAGUCCUCAGAAGAUAUUGAAAAGGAUCGGAUCUGGAAUAAUCGAUUUACAGAAUGGUAAAUUAUCGGAAAUAAGUAACGAGGCGAAGUUAUUAGUAACGGAAAUGCUACAUAUUUUACCGGAAAAACGUCCUACAGCCGCACAGCUCGUGAAACAUCCUUGGGUGAAACGUUCAUCGGCUUUAUAUCAACAACAUCACAAAUUACAACCGCGUAAUUCGGAAGUGGCCGUUCAAGAACCUCACCUCAAGGAGGCGGUCGCAGCCACGUUUCGAGCGAUAGCUACGUCUCCUCAGAUAGCCCAUCUCGGUCCCGUAGCCAUGUCCGAAUUGGCUAGGAGAAGAUUUAGGGAUAAAGCGUUGAAUCGAGUGACCGAGCAAGCGAGGAAAGUGGAUUGAAUUUGAACGGAUGUGGAUUUGGUUGAAAUGUUCAGGUUUUGUGUAAAUACGGUGAUGCAUAUCGAUGAUACACUCUUCCAAGAAAUUUAGGGUUGAUUCUUUCACGGUUAGAUAUAUAUUUGUAGUAUUUUGUCCUCAUCUUGAACUAUUUGCUUGAAAAAGUUACAUUUCGUUCUUGAAAUGAUUUUUUUUUACUAUCCAAAUAGACUAUAAGUCUUUCCGGAUGUUCGGGUAUCCUCUAUUGUUGUAAGUUGGUAGUUCAAAUGUACCCUAAUGGAGGUUAUCAAAUAUUGUUACAGGAUCUUAUUUAUUUUUUGAGUUUCGUAUUUUUUUGUUGCUUUUUCUUUUUGUUGAAGGGUUUUUUAUUGUUUUUGUAUCCUCCAAACAGACUAUAACGUUUUUUAACCAUUGAAUAUUUUCUUUUUUUCUGUAUCAAGUUUAACAAAGGUUGUAACGAAACUACGAUUUUAUUAAAAUGUAAACAAUGGGUAGUUCAAAUGUACCCUAAUACAAGUCAUCAUUUUUCUAAUUGAUCAAAAUUGAAUGUUUUUUUUUAUAUAAAUAGGAAAUAAUCAAUUUAUCUUUAAAAAUUUUACUCUUUUUUGUCUAAAUAUUGUCAAACUUGUUUUGAGCCAUUUUUUUCCUUGAAAAAAUUUUAUAUAGACCUUUUUACUUUCCAAAUAGACUAUAACUUUUUUAUUCCUCAUUUAGAGUUGAAAACUUGAUUAGUAGGUCAAAUAUACCCUAAAAUAACUUUAAUCGAAAAAAAAUCAUACCUACUAUAACGGAUCGUCUUAAUAGUUACUAUAUUUUCGAAAUAACUAUUUUUCGUUCAAACGAUGCAAAUUUUGGUGUUUACUGUCAAAAUUAUCAAAUUUUUCUGUUUUUUUGACUUUUUUUGAAGCCAUUUUCAUAUCAAAAUGCCUUUUCUACACUUUUCUACUUUCCAAAUAGACUAUAACACUUUUACCAAAGUAAAUUUCUUUCUAUUGAUCUUUUUAUCCUGUAUAAACAUUAUUUUCUACAAAUUUCAUCACAUUUUAAGUCGUUUUCCAAAAAAAUUAACAUAUUUACUUGUUUAUUUUCGUUGUAUCACUUUUUUCUAAUUAUUUUUCAUAUAAAAAUGUCUAGUAGUUCAAAUCUACAACCAAAUUUCAUAAUAAAACCAUUUUGGUAUCAAAUAUCUUCAUAGAACCAAAUAUAAUUUAAAAAAAAGUUUUUUCUUUUCGUAUAAAUCAUAAUUUCAAAAUUUUUCACUAAAAGAUUUCAUCAAAACAACAUAACAAAUUUUAGCCAUCAAAUCAUCUCUUAUUGUUCAUUUUCUUCAACUUCAAUAACAUUAAUCAAAUCCCAAGCAAUUUUACGCAAAUAGUAGUUCAAAUGUACCCAAAACCCCGCGAGUCUAUUAUCAAUUUUUUUUCGAAAUUCUAUGAUACUAAUAUUUUUUUGGGGUAGUGUAUCUUUUUAAUUAUAAAAUCGUUCCUCUAAUUAUUCGCUAAUGUGCUGAUUGUACCGAAAAAAAAUUGUAAAUAAAUAUCAACACUGCUCUGGAAUUGUAUGAAAAUUAUUUUUAUCGCGUUAAUUUUUCCUUGUGUCGAUUUAAGUGCCAAAAAAUUUAGUCGAAUUCAAAAAAAUAUCGAUAUUUAAUUAAAUUGAUAUUAUUUUAACAUAUUAUAUUUAUUUUUUUAUAUAAUAUAUAUUCAAAAUUGCUUCAAAAUCACUUUAUGGGUUAUUCUUGAAAUAUUAAUCGUGGCUUUUAAUAAAUACUGAAUAAAAUCUAUUAUAAUACCUCAGCGAGCUGGCAAUCUUUUUACGAGCUUCAUUAUUUCCUUAUAAAUAUCGCUGUAAUUUUUAUUUUUGAUUCCUAGUAAUUCGUAGACAUUAGAAAAAAAAAUAAAAUGAUCUAAAUUCUAAUAAAAAAAAAUCUAUUUUUAUAUUUUUUGUUUAUAUUUUAUUAUUAUUCUCUGAAUUUUUACAGAAAUUAAUAAAUCGUCAUGGUAGUUCAAGUAUACCUUCUUCAUUUAUGAACAUAUAUCCAAUUUUCAUAAUUAUUUUUUCAAAUUAACAUUUUUUUCAUAUUUUUGUCAAUUUAAACGAUCCUUUACGUUUCGGUAAAUAAUAAUGACCACCCUGUAUAUAUUUUCACAUUAAAAUUAUUUUUCACUCGUAUAUAUUUGUUUUUUUUUUCUAUAUAUUUCCAUGAUUCAGUUAGGAAAUAAAAUCGAAAGGCUUCGAUUUUUUUUUCUAAAUUGGUGUCAAACUAAACUGUCAAAAUUUUUAUUAUUUUGAAAUCUAUCGAAUUCAAAAAAUAAACCCGAUUUAAAAAUAUUUGGUUUGUGACGUUCAAAUUUCUCGACAUUUGUCAAAUAAUCAAAAAAAUUUUCCUAUUUAGAGCAAGCUCUAAUCGGUUUGUGCUACUACAUCUCUCUUGAACACGUCACCUGUUACUGAUUGAUAGUUUACUAUUUGGUACAUAGAUGGAGGCACUGUUACGUAAUUUAAUUCAGUAGUUUUUGUUUUAAAAUCCAGUGUUGAAUUAAUUUUGGCGGUUUGGUUCACUAAUUUGAAUUUUAUAUUCGAUACAAAACGAAAGACUACAUUUUUUUUAAAUCACAUUUAUCGAAAUUUUCGGUAAUGCUUCCUACCUACAGAUUCGUUUUGAAAUUUGUAUUGCUUUCAGCUUUCUUCGUAU